UGAACAGUGGAGCGAGGAGGAGCGGGCAUAGGCUCAUCUCUCGCGAGGAACGGCGCCGUUAUCGGAAUCCCUACAAACAACACGAGAAUUCGUCAUUCACACGCGGUGAACAAUGUCACAACAAGAGUUGGAUGAAAUUGUUCAAAUAACAGUGGAGGACUUUAACCGCACUGACAUGCUGGAUAAUCAUGAAGAUCCUGAAGAAAGAAACCAGAAGAAAAAGCGGAAAUUAAGUACCUGCCAGGAGAAUAACAACAGCAAUCAGGACUUAUUGUUCAUUAAGAAUCUUUUGGUUUCAUUCACCGAAUCAAUCGGUCAACGCUUAGAAGGAAUUGAGUCAAAGCUGCAGACCUUAGAUGCUACAUGCAAAGCCCUUGGACGCAGACUUGACAGCAUGAUGCCCUGUGCCAAGAGCCCUGUCCAGGUUCCUAUGGUUGCAGGGUCUCCCCAGGGUGCAACUCAAACUUGGAACAAAGUGCGAUGUGUUGUCCCACAAACAAAUGUGAUCGUGAGCAGGGAAAACCCAAAGAGCUUAAAUCAGGAAGACACUCCAUUAGAAAACCUGCUCAGCAACACAGCAGCUCGGAGGCGUCAGAACACAAUCCUGGUAAAGGUGCCAGGCCCUGAAGAGAGUCAGGAGGAGCAGGAGAGUGGCUCAGAGGCCAGUGACUCUGUCUCUAACAGCGGUCAGUCAGGCAGUGCACAAAAUGGCCAAAAUGUAACACUCAUCACGCUCAACUCAGAAGAUGAUUAUCCAGAAGGCACCUGGUUGGGAGACGAGAACAACUCAGAGAUGCGAGUUCGUUGCCCAAUAUCUCUGUCGGACAUGCUUUAUAUAAGCACAAACUGCCGUACAGCAGAGAAAAUGGCGCUAACGCUGUUGGACUACCUGUUCCACCGAGAGGUCCAGGCUAUGUCUAAUCUCUCAGGGCAAGGGAAACAUGGAAAAAAGCAGCUGGACCCACUCAUGAUCUAUGGCAUACGCUGUCACUUGUUCCACAAAUUUGGCAUCACUGAGUCAGACUGGUACCGGAUCAAGCAAAGCAUAGAUUCAAAGUGUCGCACAGCCUGGAGACGCAAGCAGCGUGGCCAGAGUCUGGCAGUCAAGAGCUUUUCCAAACGCACACCGCGCAGUUCAGCUGCAGAUGAGAAUAUGUCAGAAGAGUCUUCCCACAUUGAAGCUGCUACCCAGCAGACUUUGCACUACACACUGGCCAAUCAGCAGGUCCAGUUCCACCGCAUUGGUGAAGAUGGGCAAGUUCAGGUGAGGUUCUACGUGGAGCUCAGCUGAUAGCUGUUGCCUCAGCAGACGGAGCAACCACGGCAGUGGAGAGCUCUUCCCUCCCACCUGACAUCCAAGUACAGUACGUUCAACUAGCUCCAGUUGCAGAUCACGCAACAGCUGUUCAGGCUGCUGAACUGACUCCAGCCCUGCAGGCCGAGAUGGAGGUGAAAGAAGCUAUCCAUGGUGCCAUCCAUGGAGACAAUGGCGAGGUUGUCCAGAUUGUCUCCUCUGUGGCUACCUGA